CCUUAUCGAUAACUCAGGCGAUAUGGUGACCAAGAAAGCAGCAGUAUCUCCCAGGACCGGCUUGAGGCGGUCAUCUCGUCUCAGUCAAGGCAAGCCUGCAAGUGCCACUACAGAUGCUCAGGAUCCUCCAGUAAAGCGACGCAGACUCUCACAUGCCGAUUCCUUGGAGUCAUGCAGCGCACGAGCGACGUCCGGACGUCGCGGGAAGCUUACCCAUGCCGAGGUCCUGAAGCGAGAGAAGCGGGUGGCCAAACUCGAAUUGGACUACCAGGAGCGCUCCGAAGAGCUGAAGCGUCGUUACGCUUCCUUGACUGAACGCGAGAAGGAGGUCGCUACCGCCCUGGACCGCGUCGCCGAACGCGACGCUCAAUCUACGCUCUCUCAACUCCAGGAACUCUUCACCUGCCCACUUUGCUACGAGGUUCUCACGGUGCCGUUCUCCCUGAACCCCAGUCUCUGCGGCCACACCUUCUGCGGCAUCUGCAUCCUCAAGUGGUUCUUCUCGCGCCUGCACGAGCCCUGCGGGGGCUGGCACGAAUCGGUGGACUGCCCCAUCUGCCGGCAGCUGCUCGUCAUUACCCCCGAUCGGACGCCGCGUCUCGAGUUCACCUGCCCGUUCGUGCCCAACCGGGUGGCCGCAACCGCUUGCGAGACGCUCGUUGAACGACUGACUCAGAACGCAUGCGCGGCUUCCUCUGCGCGCAUAAAGCGCGAACUCAGCGAGGGCCCCCUCAAGUCCCGGCUCAAGAGAGACUGCGAGGAGCGAAGUCACGACAAAUUGGUCGACGAUGGUGGUUCUGAGGAUUCAAUCGAAGGCCUGGAGGCGUGGGUAGAGGGAGGAUCGAUGCGCACCGAGUGGCUUAGAAAGCAGGCAGAGGGAAAGCAGGAGAUGAGCGAGCUCAUCUCCAAGUGGACGACGCUGAAGUCGCCCGACUUCAUAAGCAUCAAGCGACGCCUUGGUGUCUGACCGUACACGAUAUGCCGUUUCUUUUGCUAUGUGUAUUACCACAGAGGACCUUCUCAUGGAAUGGAGUCAAGCAUACCGAACCUGUAUCGCUUCUACUAGGAUAUGGGUUAUGUACAUUAUGCUUAGCAAUCGCACAUACAUGUCCGUUUUAUGCGCCCUAGCACUGUAUAUGCUUCCCGUGAGGAUAUCCUGACUGUGUUAUAGGCGCCGUUCAGUUGUAGAAGUACAGCUGUAGGGCAUAGCUCAUGUUGAGGCCUCGAGGUUUGGCCUCCGGAUAAAACCCACGUGACGAUCACUCGCCCACGCGUCUAGUGCAUUGUUCUGUCCUGCAUCUUGUUCCCGAC